CCCACUCGCCAAUAAUAUAUAUAUAUAUAGAAAAUUCCACCCGGAGCAACCACUAGGUGGGCUCACUCAAUUAUAUGUGAAUGAAUGUAAUUAUAGCACUGCCUAACCUAUGAAUAUUUAAAAAUGAUGCAAUAUAAAGCACGAGGUGCAAAUAGCUAGGUAUAUAUAAGUAUAGCUAAUGCAAUAGACUUACAUAAUUUGAUCGUACUUCAGCGUAGUGGAACACAAGGGAAAACACAAGAAUAGGUUAUAGAAAAUUGAGCAAAAAACCAUUGAUACGACCUACGCAAUGAAGGAACUGCUCUUGGUGUUGCUAUUACUUGCAUUUCUUCAUUCACCAGGAAUAUCAGAUAAUAAAAAAUAUUAUAUUACUGGUCAAUGCGGAGAUAGUAAUGUCACAAAGACACACCACCUUAAGAACUGGACACGAGGAAUCCUAAAGAUUGAUGUAACCUGUAGGAAUGCAGGAAAUGAACCAGAGUUGCAUCCAUUUAAACUUUCAAGGAUUGCUUGCAAUAAAACGUUGGAUGUGUGCAAUAUUGUGCACAUUAACUGUAUUGGAGAGCACAAUGUUGUAAAUAUUAUUUGGAAGAAUUUUGAAAAGAAAAAUAACGGUACUAUGGUUAGUGUGAGCUUUAAAAGACAUACUACAAUCUAUCAGCUUCGUAUGAAAGGUUUUCGUUGUGAAUCAAAUUUAGAAUCCGAAUCAAUCGGGGAAGAUCUGAUUAUAACGUUUAAUAGUCUAGACUGUAAUGGGAAUUUCAGUCUCCAAAGAUCCUCUCUUGUCGUUUUCAGUGAUGUUAAGAUGAAUUCAAUAAGAAGCCCCCUGGUAAAUAAUUCGAGCCAGCUUAUGUUCAGAGGUGUUCCACCUGGAUCCUACACUGUCAUCAUAACCAAUGAUUGUGGGGAGCACUUUCCUCUUAAAAAUAUAUUGAAUCAUUAUUGGAAUUCAUCAGGAGUGUCUCCAGCUACUUCGAAUUCCUGUGGUUUACCUGCGAUAAUAUUUCUGAGGGAUAGCGGUGGCAGACCUAUCACAAUAACACUACAAAUGCCGCAACUAAAAACUCAUUUAUAUCGGCGCCACAAGGCGGAGGACGAAAACCGCAACAUACCGACCAGAAUUCCAUUGCAAGGGUUAGGCUCAUUUGGCCACUGAUAAAAAUGUGAUUUACACUAUACGGAGACAUUCAAACAUCACAAAACUCUAGUCCCUGGAGAAGUGAGUCACCAGUUCUUGUGUCCACCGGGUCUCAUCAAUGACCGUGUAACUCCGAGACCUCACAAACUCCCCCAGCCCCAGCAAAGCCUCUAUCAUCUCCGUCCUCCUAUAGAACAGAAUUGACGACCCUGAGUGAUAGAGAACAGACUGACAACUGUGAGUGAUAGAGAACAGACUGACGACUGUGAGUGCUUGAGAACAGACUGGCAAAUACUUCAGUCCCACUGUCUCCAUAAACUCCAGUACUUUCUGAGGUUUGUUGCACUGCAGUCGACUCAU